AUGACUACGCAGGCGCCUUUUCUUCCUUCGACGUCAACUCCUCAGUGGGAGCCGCGCAGGAGCAGCCCCAGCACUGGCUUUGUGACCCCGCCUAGAUUCCAACAAUUGCAAGCUCAGGCUGCCCAAUCACUCGCUCAGCAGCCAGCCCAAAAUCACCUUCAAUUUCCCUCAUCUAAUCACCCUUCUCCCGCCAACAACUUUUCCACCGACUCAUCCUCGGACAUGCCACCUCACACACGUUCCCCAUCUUUCUUCUCGCCAUUUCGCCGGCAGUCGAACGAGUCCCAGCCGAACAUCAAUCAACGUGCAACCUCAACUAAUGGCGGAACGAACCUAAAUGCCCCAACUUCGCAGCAGCAAAACGCGCCAAGCACCCCGAUGCAGCAAGUACAGCCUCCUCCGCAAACCAAUUUGUAUGGGCAGCAGCAACAAACGCCACAGCAGCAAAUACCACCGAAUUCGCAACCUGCGAUGGGCCAACAACAAGGUGCUAUGGGGCGAACAACUACUGAUGUUCAACCUCCACCGACCGCCCCUUCACCAUCAAAAACACAACCUCCAGCCCCCUUACAUCCUGAAAUACGCUCAGUUGUUCAACUUACCAUCGCCCACGCACAGAAGAUAUAUUUCUCUGGGCCUCUCGUUCGGCGGAUAGAACGCCAGGCUGAUGGACAGCGGCCCACAAAGGACGAAGGUUGGGUUGACGUCUGGGCGCAGUUGGGUGGCACGACGCUCAGUGUUUGGGACAUGAAAGAGAUACAGGAAGCGAGCAAGCAGGGAAGGGAGGUCCCUCCUACGUAUGUGAAUGUAAUGGAUGCUUUUGUUCAAGUCCUAGGUUCAGUGACCGUCCCGGCCACUGCUACCUCUGGCCCCAAGCGAUACACGAACGUAUUAACUCUCAAUACUGCUGGGUCAAAUCUCCUUCUCUUCUCAUGUCCUUCUACAAAUGCUCUCAUUUCAUGGGCUGCCGCACUCCGAUUGUCCGCUUGGGAAAAGUCGCGCUUAGAAGAGAUAUACACGGCUCAUCUAAUAAGAAUCACGCUCAGUGCUCGUGAUACACCAACAACGCUCGUGCGGGGCCGCAUGGAGGGUUGGGCGCGGAUACGCAUUGCGGGACAAACUGACUGGAAACGAGUCUGGAUGGUGGUCAGUGCCUCGGUGGACGGCGCUGAGGGAUCAGCCUCACCACCUGUUUCCAACCCAACAUUGAAGAAGAAGAGAAUGUCAAAUCUGUUCUCGCGUGAUCAGAGCCAGCCUCAACCAACUGGCCCUACCAAAGCAUCGAUGUCGAUGUACUUGUCUCCCAAACCUAAGGACAGGAAGAGAGCGCUCCUCACAGUCACUGAUAUCACACAAGUGUUUUCUGUGUAUCCUGAACGACCCGAAUUGAUCAGCCGGAGUACACUGAUCAAGGUGGAAGGUCUCUUAGGAGACGAGGAAAUCGCUGCAGGGAUGAGGUCGCGAGAGGGUUGGCUAUUGGUUAUGCCAGAGUUGGAUCCAAGUGGUGGUCAAGCAGCUGAAAUGCUCAAGUGGAUCGUGGCUAUGCACGAUGCUUUCAGCCUGUAUGGACGACCAAAGGGAUGGACUUGGGAUCCACGAGAUCGGACCUCUUUGAUGUUUGCGUAUCCCGUUGGUCCACAGAAAGAAUCCUUAUUCCUGGAGCGCGAAUUGGUGGAAUCCUUGGAUCCAAGAGACGAUCGCACAUCUGUUAUAAGAUCCCGCCUGAUUGAUCUGCUGGUUGAACAUAUGCACCCUGCUGUCCAAGCUGUCCCACAACGCCCGGCGGCGCAGCAAAGCUCCGCUGACACCCCUCCAUCCCUUCCUCCCAUUGGUGGUGCUGGUGGAAAUGGUUUUGGUAUAUCAAGCGUGGGUGGGACACCCCCGAUGUCUACCACACCGACAAAUUCCGGGACGUCCCUUCAACCACAACCAGGGACUGUUCCAACAGGCCCCCAACUUCCGCCACUAAACUUUAAUGGAACGCCCCCUGCGCAAGAACGUCUGAAUGUGGCAUCAAUUCCAGUGGACACCAGUGUUACUCGCGCGUUAUUGGCGGGCACCUCAAACCCACCCAAUGCAGCGAAACCAUCUGAGAAUGGACCAUCUUCUGCGCAGAGUAAUGGGCCUACCCAGCCUCCAGACAACGGGCUCUCCUCACAACCUCCCAGUAACGUAUCACCCGUGCAACUUCUAAAUAAUGGACCAUCCGCGCAAUCCCUAAACAACGGACCCCAACAACACCAGAGCAACCAACCUUCCAGUCAGACGCAAAACAACGGAGCUCCUGCGGUGCCGGAGAAACCAGCAAGUCCCCAAUCACCCACCUUCGACCAGCCGAUGUCGAAUAGUCCUCAGUCAAUGAACUCUGCGCUAUCUUUGCCUUCACCUAAAACCGGGCUUCCUCCGCUUUCCGGAACCACACUCGCCAGUACGAGCAGUGGUCGACCAAGCAUGCAAUCUUCGAAUAGCCUAGACAAACCAGGGCUACCAUCGCUGCCUCAGGGUUAUAAUAAACCUCUGGAAAAAAUGUCAAUAGGCAGUGUGGCCAGUGUUUCCAACAUUGCCCCGACGACGCCACUCUCUCCCAACCGGCUGGGGCAGACAAAUCCCUUCGCGGCGCCACAACCACGGAUGGCGACUAGCCCCAGCGCUAUCCCUCCUCGUUUUAUCGCAGAACAGACCCGUGCCAAGACUCAAGAUAGUUUCGGAAGCGAUAGUAUUUCUGCAUAUUCGUCUGAUUCCAGGUUGGAGACGCAGCCCAACGCUGCACCUCAGCGUGAAAGCCCAGAAGCAUCAUGGCAGCAGCCUUCAUCACCACCCGAAAACGACUUUACUACUGAGGCUGGUGCCCUUUACUACAUGCAGCAAGCCGAUAGCGCAUCAAGUAGCAAAAUUCAGGCCACGAAAUCAGCAGAGGAAGAUGACGACUAUUCGUCUUCGGACCAUGGAUCCGGUACCCCGGCCGGCAGGAGUUCUAUUAAUAACCAACAACCGCCGGCCCGGCGGAACACUCCGAUGUCUUUUGCCAACGAGCCCUCUGCCAGCAAUCCAGCUGGCACAUUUGGCACCGAUCGAGUUAGCUCAGCGCGGUCAGUUCUUGGACGUAAACCAUCAGGUGCACGUGCUCCACCAGCCAUGCGUAUGUACGCCGGUGAUUCCGUUUCUUCCUCUCUGCGCGUCAACGAAGAAGAGUCAGAACACGAAGAAAACAUGGAUACACGCAAUGAAGCUCCCUCCAACAUGCAACGUUCAGGGUCUUUCGAGGACCCAAAUGCAGAGGUCCUUGCUGUGCUCUCCUACCUUGACGUCGACGACGCUCCGUCAGCCUCCACAUCCCUCCAAAAAGUCGAACCUCUCAAAGUUCGUGACCGGACUGGAACGUCGCCUCCACCUGUUUCAGCCCCACCCCAAGCGACAUCGACGGACUCAGGGCCACCCUUUAAGUCAUCGUUCGCCCCUUCAAAACAAGCUGCUGAAAGGAAGGCCAAAGUACAAGCUCAACAGGCUGCUCACCAAGCUGCUAAACAUAAACCGGGGAGGAACGGGAAGCGAAAAUCGAAAUACGCAGGGGCAUGGAAUGAGAGUACGGAUGAGGAGGAGGAGGAGGAAGAAGAGGAGGAUGACGCAGAUUCGGAUGGGGAACCGGUUAUGACGCGAGGACAAAGUACACCCUCUUCUUCUUCUGCACCCUCCAUCAAGCCCCCUCAAAACCAAGGCGGUCACGGUGACUAUGGUCAACCUGAAGCACCGCAGACGUAUUCGCAUCUGAGACCUCCAAGAACACUGCCACAGAUACCUGGCGGUCGGCCUCCUCCUGAUGACUACCAUCAUCACCAACCUCAACCUCGACGUGCAGGAACUGAUCCAUAUAUAGAGUCUGGGCGGCGCACAUACUAUGAGGAGAAUCCACAAAUUAGGUCCCAAGCGGAAUACCCUCAACCGGGCGCUGCUCGUCAGUCAAUGUGGAGUCAGGUAUUGGAACCUUCCGGACGUCAGCAGGUGAAUCAAAAUGAACCGCGCGACACUUUCGUGCAGCUCGAGCCCUCUGAAACUAUGACAAAAGCAUUCACGCCUCAGGGCUUGCUCUCUGCUGGUAUCCAGGACAAACAAGAUAGGUCGGCGAAAAGACAAGAGGAACUCGCUCGCGAGACUGGUGCUUCCCUCAUUAACGUUCCCAACAAACCACCUCCACCUCAAACUGGGUUACUUGGCGCAAUCACUGCUCACGAACGCGAACGUAAACGUGAAGGAGGCGUGGGUGCCGCACUCACGGAACGUGAGCGAGAAAAACGAGUAGCGGAGGAGCGGCAGAGGCGAUUUGAUGAACAACAGCGCCAGGCUUUGGAUCAAAUGGCACAGGGCGGAUCGAUGUACGGAGGUCAAUUUGGUUACAAUCCCAUGAUGGCGAAUCCGAUGAUGAUGGGAAUGAACCCGAUGAUGGGCAUGAAUCCAAUGAUGACGGGUGGGAUGAACCCCAUGGCACCCAUGAUGACGGGAGCGGGUGGGUUAAAUCCUAUGAUGACGGGCGGGGGUGGGUUAAAUCCUAUGAUGACGGGCGGGGGUGGGUUAAAUCCUAUGAUGACAGGUGGAGCGAUGGGCCAGAUGAAUCCGAUGAUGACUGGUCAAAUGGGAUUCCCUGGGAUGAUGCCUGGGUUCAACCCUCAACACAUGUUUGCGGCACAACAGGCGGCGCAGGCAUACCAGCAAGCUAUGAUGGCUUUCUCUGUUGCUGGCUCUCAAGUUGGUGGAGAUGGCGGUGCAGAAGGCCAACAACAAAUGCUCAACCCCAAUAUGACGGGUGGUGGGAUGAGCAUGGCUGGGUUUGACCCUCGAAUGUCGAUGAUGGGUAUGCAGAUGAUGGGUGCCCCGCAAAUGGGCGCGCCGAUGAUGGGUGCUCCGCAAAUGGGUAACCCCGCGCCGCUGGGGAUGCAAAUGACAGGUAUGUCUGGCUUCGACGCGCGGUUCUCGCCAGGUCAGACCAACCAAGCUCCAAAUCUGAACGAAUCCAACCUUCUUCCGCCUAAUCAAAAUCAAGGCCAACUGUCUUCUCGCACGAGUUCACCAGCUGGUCGGGGAUCACCACUGGUUCGAGGUGAUGGGCAAUUUGACACUGUCCGCCCUGCACGCCCUGCUACCCCAAAACACUAG